AUGAGUAAGCGGCGUCGUGCAUCGUCUGUUGCAAGCCGAGGAGCUGAUGGAGAUGAUAGUGAUGACGUUGAGCUGAGCAAUCCAGGCCCUCCACCAUCACGCAAGAAGAAAAAAUUGGAACCGGGUGAAAUAUGUCAACAAUUGUAUGACACAAUUCGUUCAUUCAAGAAGGAAGAUGGAACUCUUCUAUGUGACUCAUUUAUCAGAGCACCUAAAAGACGUCAAGAGCCCCAGUACUAUGAAGUUGUAUCUCAACCUAUUGACCUGCUUAGAGUUCAACAGAAACUAAAAACUGAUACAUAUGAGGAUAUAGAUGAGUUGUCUGCAGAUAUUGAACUCCUAGUAAACAAUGCUAAAGCCUUUUAUAAACCAGAGUCAGAGGAAUAUAAAGAUGCUAACCGCUUGUGGAAAUUGUAUACAAAAACCAGACACAGUCUUGAAAGUGGUGAAGAAGUGAAAGUUCCAAAGAUAUCUCGAACAAGCUCAUCAAGUCGCAGAUCAGAUGUGGCUGAAGAUAUGUCAGAAACUUCCACUAAUAAUGAAGAGGAUAGCAUUUUUGAAGAACUUUUUAAUGCUGUUAUGAUAGCAAAUGCAGAUGGCCGACCACUUUAUGGCGAAUUCCAAUUCCUUCCAUCAAAACGACGCUACCCUGAGUACUACAAUGUAAUAGACACUCCCAUUGACCUCAAAACUAUAGCCCAAAAGAUACAAGCAAGUGAAUACUCAAACUUGAGUGAAUUGGAGAAAGAUUUACUGUUAAUGGUUAGGAAUGCCUGUCUCUUCAAUGAGCCAUACAGCCAGGUUUAUAAAGAUGCAAAAAUGUUGAAGAAAAUAAUCCAAACUCGUAAGCAAGAAAUUGAGCAGCAUGGACGACCCAAAGUGUCUGAGCGUAUUCGCAGUAAGAGAUCAUCACGUGUUGUUCCCAUUUUAUCUAGUAGAACUAUGGCCAUCAUGGAACCCCCUGGAUCAGAUGGAGAGCCCUCUGUUACGGGUCGAGGUAAAACAUUUCAGCCUUCAGACGAAAGCGAAAGCGAUGAUGAUAAGAAUGAAAAUGAGGAUUCGCCACAGUGGAAGUUAUUAGAAUCUGUCUGGAAUCAUAUGGGCCCAGGUGCUUCACCAUUCUGGAAGCUGCCUUCGAGACGCGAUCACCCGGACUACUAUAAAGAAAUCAAGAACCCGGUAUCUAUGAACCAAAUAAAGAACAAAAUACGUCGAGGCAACUAUGGGACUCUGUCGGAGGUGGCUGGCGACAUGAAUAUUAUGUUUGAGAACGCUAAACAGUAUAAUCUCGGCACUUCAAGGAUUUACAAGGAUGCUGUUAAAUUGCAAAGAAUAAUGCAGCAGCGAGUCCAAGAGUUGCUAGAUAUCGUACAGAGUUCCUCCAGUGAUGAUGAAAGCCUGUCAUCUGUAAAGAACCAUUCACAAGCUACACCAAGACCGAGAGGUCGUCCACGCGUAAAUCCAAUUGUCGCACCAUCACCGUCCCCAUCACCAUCACUCAAACCGAAUAUGCCGCUGAAGAAGAAACUGCAUUACAUCUCCAAGCAGUUGGUGGAAUUUACUUGCUCUGAUGGAAGACAGCCCAUGCUCCUCUUCAUGGAGAAACCGAGCAAGAAGCUGUAUCCAGAAUACUAUAAUGUUAUUGACCGGCCCAUUGAUAUGCUUACUAUUGAGGCUAAUAUCAAGAGCGAUCGUUAUACCUCCGUGGAUGAAAUGGUCUCAGACUUCCGCUUGAUGUUCUCAAACUGUCGUCAGUUUAACGAAGAAGGAUCUAUGAUUUAUGAGGACGCAAAUCUAUUAGAACGCGUCCUGAAUGAGAAGGUGAAGGAAUUGAACAGUUGCGUCGAAAGGAAAACUCCGAUAAAGACCAUAAAACCAGCCAAGUCGCGCCAGCUCACACCCUUUGAACAGAAAUUGCGCACAUUGUAUGACGCAAUCAGGGAUUAUAGGGAUCCUAAAGCUAACCGACAAUUAGCACUGAUAUUCAUGAAGCUUCCAAGUAAAACGGAAUACCCAGAUUACUACGAGCUAAUAAAAAAUCCCAUAGACAUGGAACGAAUCGCCCACAAACUAAAGAACAGUGUCUAUACCUCUGUUAACGAGUUGGCAUCGGACUUCAUACUAAUGUUCGACAACGCUUGCAAAUAUAACGAGCCAGAUUCGCAGAUUUAUAAGGACGCGUUGAUCCUGCAAAGAGUUUGUUUGCAGACUAAGCAAAUGUUGAGGGAAGAUGACGAUGCAGUACCAGAUGUGCCAGCGGCAGUACAGGAUCUCUUACUGAAUCUUUUCACUACAGUAUAUAAUCAUCAGGACGAGGAAGGGAGAUGUUACUCAGAUAGUAUGGCUGAACUUCCGGAACACGAUGAAGCGGCGAAUGGCGAGAAAGUGCGCGCCAUUUCAUUGGACCUGGUCAAACGUAGGCUCGACAAGGGUCUAUACAAACGGUUGGAUCACUUCCAACAGGACAUGUUCGCUGUGUUUGAGAGAGCCCGUCGACUUUCACGUACAGACAGUCAAAUCUUUGAAGAUUCUGUGGAGCUUCAGGCCUAUUAUAUAGAACAACGUGACAUUCUAUGUCGUAAUACUUUGGUAACUCCAGCCUUGAACUUCACAAGAGAUACCAUGACAACGUCAGUGGAACUGGUGAAGCAGUGCAAGCUGUUGCAAGAGAACGAUGAAGAUGAUGAGACCAGAUCGAGCACAGACGAAUCCCUUCUAUCAGGCGGUGCACCUCCCAAAACGCAAUAUGGGAAAGGAGACUUCGUGUAUAUCCAGCCUGAACGUGGUACAAAAGAAGCCACUAUCGUGCAGAUCGAGAGGUUGUUCACCAAUACGGAUAAUGUACCUAUGGUUUACGCUAAUGUGUAUUUCCGUCCGCACGAAACGUUCCACGUGCGCACGCGCAAGUUCCUUCAACAGGAAGUGUUCAAGACUGAGACGCACCGUAGUGUGCCUUUGGAACAAGUGAUUGGACGGUGUUAUGUUAUGAAUGUCAAGGAGUACUUCAAGUUUAGGCCUGAAGGCUAUGCUGACAAGGAUGUGUAUGUCUGUGAGAGCAGAUACAAUUCAAAGCAUCGCUGGUUCAAGAAAAUCAAGGUUUGGGAAGGCGCUGAGAAAGAGGCUACACUUUUACCACGAGAGAUUCCGUUGGAGCCCAAUAGAACAGUGUCAGUAUUCCGUGAACGAGUCGAGAAGCAUAAAGACGAGUUGGCGGAACUUGAAGUGUUGGAGAAUGUUCAAGAGAAGGAAAGACCGGACGUGGUAAUGUACAACCCUCUUGGUACAGACGAUGAGAACACAUACUAUGAACAGUAUAAUACAGUGUGUUCGGGCGUCAUCAAGACAGGAGACUACGUGUACGUCGUCACUGAUGGCGGGACUCAGAUCAUCGCGCAGGUCGACACUAUUUGGGAGACUGGAGAUAACAAAUGCUACUUCCGUGGUCCAUUCUUUAUUUUCCCGGCAGAGGUGUCAAAUAUCAUAAAUAAGCCUUUCUACAAACAAGAAGUGCUACUAACAACGCUACACGACACCAGUCCCUUAGUAGGCAUUGUCGGGAAGUGUUCGGUUUUGGACUACGAUGAUUAUCUUAAAUGUCGCCCUACAGAGAUUUCAGAGAACGACGUAUUCUUAUGCGAGUCGCUUUACGACGAAUCGAAUCGCAUUGCGCGUAAACUCAAGUCUGGUUUGAGGAAGUUUGAACACACGAAAGACGUUACAGUUGAUGAGAUAUACUACUUCUCCAAAUCGCUGGGUCCGCCCGCUCUUGCAUCAGCGCAAGAAGUUACGACGGCAGUUGCGUUUGCGCAGAAAACGUACAAUCCUCAUAGCUCCGAUUCCAUGGACGUAAAGCCUCAAUUCACGAAUCUCAUAAACACAACAAUAGGCAGUCAGGACGUGGAGAUGAUUUUGGAGAACUCUCUCGACGAUUCCUUAGCCUCACCCGCAACGCCCUUGUCAAUUGGUGGUAAUAGUAAUCCAUACAAUCCAUCUCUCAUCCAAACUCCAACUCAAGAGAAGAGUAAUACUUCCUCUACUCCAACAACAGGCAAGAAGAAGAAAGAUCAGAAGCAGAAGAUUGUCACUGGAUAUAUUCUUUAUUCAAGCGAAGUCCGCAAAGCUAUUGUCGCUAAUAACCCAGAAUGUACUUUUGGUGAAAUAUCUCGAAUAGUCGGUAACGAAUGGCGGUCCCUGCCGGGAUCGACGAAGCAGAGUUGGGAAGAGAGGGCUGCCAGGUGCAACGAAGAGACAGCAGCAAGACUCGCAGAAGAGAUGAAAGAGCUUGCUCAACAUACCACGAUGGAAAUGACGUACGAGUGCGCAUGGGACACUUGUGACUGCCAGUUUGAGGACCUAAAUGAUUGUAUGGAACAUUGCAUUGGGGAAGGCGGAAAUACCGGCCACGUGCAACAACACUACCGAAGCGGAGCGAACGCUACAGAGAAUAAAGAGUACCCAUGUUUAUGGCGAACGUGCACGCGCGUACGUAAGGGACAGGCGCCAUUCCCGAAUCUGCCAAGGCUUCUACGACACGUGCGGGACUUGCACAUUAACAAGGGCAAUGGAAAAUUGACGGCUGUACAUGAACGUUCACGAAACUUUCUUCCCUCUACGAAGAAGCCACCGAAAGCUUACACAACGACGUUACGUGCAGGGGUCUUGUCACCUGGUGCAUCUCUUUCGGGCAUGUCGCCGAUGGCUCGUAGCACGCCAAGCCCGGGUUGCGGCGAAGGUGGAGUGCCCCCCACUGGAACACGACCAGCCUUGGAGCCCCUUUUCGUUUCCGCGCCACCCAGGGUGCAACGUGUCACACACUCCGACACAUAUAUCAGAUACAUUGAAGGUCUUCACUCAGAGCAAAAGUACAUAACCCCAUGGGAGAAAUCUCUUACUCCGAUGCCAGCAAAUCCAGACCCUUCGCAUUUUAACAUGCACAAACUACCGGCACACUGGAUGACAGAAGACGCCGUCAACGGAUACUUGGCUCAUGACAAGACACUUUCAGAGACAGACAUACAAAAAAUGGAUCAAAACACAAAGAUUUUGAAGGGACUUUGCUCUUUAAGAGAUUUUUUGAUGAAAGACGCCUAUGUUAUUGCUAAAUCAUAUUCUUAA